AAAUUCCAGAUUACCAUCUUUCAGAUAAAAAAUUCAAAAGCAUUGUAGGCCUGUUCUCAAAUAUAGUACAUUUAAAUUUACAUCAUAGUGUGAGAUUUAGUGAUAAAACAUUAAACCGAAUAGCAGAAUCAUAUCCCAAUCUGAAGUAUCUCAACUUGGGAGGGUAUGAUGGUAAUAGAUUAAUAACUGAUAAAGGUCUAUAUGCAAUCGCGGAUUCAUGCUAUAAAUUAGAAUAUCUGAAUAUUUCUAGUUGCAAAGAAUUUUCUGAAAUAGCAAUUUGGAAUGUUAUUUAUUCUUGUCUGAGGAUUCAAGAAUUCGUUAUUUACGAAUGUAAAAUAUCCAAUAUAAUCAUCAAGGAAAUUGAAUUAUAUUUUAAAAUAAAAUAUAUUAAUCCAGGUACCGCUACCUGA